UACAUUGGCCUCCAGAAAAUUAGAAAAGUCAUGGUCAGCAACACAUUCAAUAAGUGAUUCUGACGAAAAUGAUAUGAAUGAAAAUAUAGAUGUGAAUGAAAAUUCUGAGGCACAAGAGAGUAUGCGCUGGUUGCAAAGUAAUCAAAUGCCAUGGGAACUUGUACUCCAGCACUGGCAUAAAACGUUCAGUAUUCGUCGAGUAAAUCUGGAAAAAUCAAAAGAAAAUACACUAAACGAUACUUUUUCCACUUGGCCUAUUUUGAAGCAUCCACACGGUUAUAGUUUAAUAAUUGACGAUUUUCAACGUAUGGCUUUAAGUCAAGAAACAUUAACAGUAGAUAAAUGGGACGCAUUUUUUCAUCAACUUAAAAGCUGUGUAAAACCAAGUCAGAAAGAUGAUCAGUUACAAUUUCUAAUGGAAACAUUGCUAGAUACGAACAUUAAUGAAGAUUCCAAAAUCGCUUUACAAAUUAUGAUAUUACCUCAUUUAUUUCCUCCAAAGAAAAUGACUAGACGUAAAGACAAAUAUUGGAGACCGUCCAUUUGGGAUGCAAAGGAUAGCAUUAUUAAGCACGCAGUGAUUCCUGGUGAUGUUACAAAACUCAGAGAAGAGUAUGUCAAGAAAUGUAAGGAAUUGAAACUAACCAUUCAACCGUACAUCUUCAUUAUUGGACCUACACUACAUGAAAUCACCACUUGUUAUUUAUGCGUUGACGAUGUGUUGUACAAUACAUCUUCGCUUAUAGAAGCUGUCGACGCCUGUUUCAAGACGUUUCACGUGCUUCAACUGCAAUAUCCAACUGCAAGUGACCACUUAUGGUUAAUUAUACAAAAAUGUAUAUAUAAGUUUACAACCAAGUGGGACAGAGUAAUACCUAGUACUGAAUAUGUCAUAAAGACAUUAAAUGAGGACAAUCAGCUGUGUGAUAAAUAG